ACUCUCAGAAAUACCACCACCAACAACAACAACUUCAUAGUGAAAGUACAAAAACCAAGCAAAGUUUAGCUCAGCACUCACUGACUCUGCUCUGAUCUCUCUGUCUCUCUCACACACACACACACACAAAAAAAGAAAAAAGCAAAAGAUGGAGAAAAGCAGUGAUGGGUUUGUUCGUGCAGAUCAGAUUGAUUUGAAAAGCUUGGAUGAACAGCUCGAGAGACACCUCAACAGAGCGUGGACCAUGGAGAAGAACAAGAAAAAAGAAGAAGAUGGUACUUUUAUUAACAACAACAGCAACAAUAGUAGUAGUAUUUUAAGUACUAAUAAUAAUGGUCUUAACCUUAUCACCACCACUACUACCGGCACAAAGAUUGUGAAGAAAGAGCGGAAAGAGUGGGAGAUCGACCCCUCUAAACUCACCAUCAAGUCUGCCAUUGCUCGUGGCACCUUCGGUACCGUCCACCGUGGCAUCUACGACGGCCUUGAUGUCGCUGUUAAAAUGCUUGAUUGGGGUGAGGAGGGCCAUAGGACUGAUUCUGAGAUUGCUACAUUAAGGGCAGAUUUUACUCAAGAAGUUGCUGUCUGGCAUAAGCUGGAACAUCCUAAUGUUACUAAGUUUAUAGGGGCAACAAUGGGCACAUCAGAACUACAGAUACAAUCUGAUAAUGGUCCAAUUGGCAUGCCAAGUAAUGUCUGUUGUGUCGUUGUGGAAUAUCUUCCCGGGGGUGCUCUGAAAGGUUACCUCAUAAAGAACAGGAGAAGGAAGCUAGCUUUUAAUGUCGUUGUCCAGCUUGCACUGGAUCUUGCUAGAGGGUUGAGUUACCUUCACUCACAGAAGAUUGUUCACAGAGAUGUAAAAACGGAGAAUAUGCUAUUGGACAAGACACGUACAGUAAAAAUUGCUGAUUUUGGGGUUGCUCGUGUUGAGGCUUCAAAUCCUAAUGACAUGACUGGGGAGACAGGGACACUUGGUUAUAUGGCUCCUGAGGUUCUCAAUGGCAGCCCAUAUAACAGGAAAUGUGAUGUUUAUAGUUUUGGCAUCUGCUUGUGGGAGAUAUAUUGCUGUGACAUGCCAUAUCCAGACCUUAGUUUCUCAGAAGUGACGACAGCUGUGGUUCGGCAGAAUCUGAGGCCAGAGAUACCAAGAUGUUGCCCAAGUUCCCUGGCGAAUGUAAUGAAGCGAUGCUGGGAUGCCAGCCCUGAUAAGCGGCCAGAAAUGGAAGAGGUAGUCUCCAUGUUAGAGGCCAUUGACACAUCAAAAGGUGGAGGUAUGAUUCCCGUUGAUCAGCCUCAAGGUUGUUUGUGCUUCCGCAAGUAUCGUGGCCCCUAAAAUCUCUAGUCCCUUGAACAACUCGGUGUAAUUAUUUUGAAGACCAGAGAAACCUCAAUUGUACUUAACAGUGAAGAGAUUAGAAUUUGGGAUAUCAUGAUGAGAGAAACACAUGGUGGUGGGUAUAGGCUAAGGAGCUGUGCUACAUUUCACUUUGUUGGGUGAAUGUAAAUCUUUUAUUUAUUUUUCUUUUUUUAAAUAUAUUUUUUAGAAAUACCUUUUGGGUUUACCAAAUAUGUGUAUUUAUUUUGGCCUGUCUGUCUUUGUUGGACUGGCCUUAAAACCUCUUUGUAAGAUCUCCAAUUGAUAAUUAUUAUCAUUGCUAUAAUCAAGAUGAACCUCAUUUCUAUCUCAA